GCAGGACUGAUGUUAAGCUAUCGUUACAGAUAUGACGAAUCUAAAUCUAGAGCUCAAAAUUAAUUGUGCAAGUAAUCUUCUGAAUGUCAAUCUCUUUACAAAGAUGGACGUUUUCGCCAAAAUCAGCAUUCGUGCCAAAAAUACUCCAAAAAAACAAAAGGCGAAAACCAGUGUCGAUCGUUCUGCUGGAUCUAACCCAAUUUGGAAUCAAACCAUCAAUUUUUCCGUCAACGAGAGGUUAGUCCAUAAUGAUCAUCUGAAACUUGUCAUAAAAUUAAUUUCUCGCCGGGUCCUACGUAACAAGGAGAUCGGAAGAGUUGACCUCUCGUUACUGGAGCUUUUCAAUUCAAUCACGCCGCCAAUUAACGGUGACAGUAACAGUGAGAAGAUGAAUCUGAUGCGGUAUCAGGUGAUAACUCGAUCGGGUAAAAAGUCAGGAACUUUGACUUUCUCGUACCGGUUUAAAUCAGAUUUGAUGGUGAACGUGAAUCGUCAUUCGGUAAACACACCACCGAGUUUUCCUCCUCAACCACAAAUUGACCAUCGACCUUCAAGUCCAACAGAAUUGCCAAUUGCAUAUCCACCUUCGGCUCCACCAGAAUUGCCAAUUGCGUAUCCACCUUCGGCCCCACCAGAAUUGCCAAUUACGUAUCCACCUUCGGCUCCACCAGAACCAAUUGCGUAUCCACCUUCGGCUCCACCAGAAUUUCCAACUAUAAUUCCUAGGCUGCCUUGGCCACCGUCUCAUUCGAGACACUCUUUUGCUGCUGGAUCGAGCAAUGGUCCUCUUCCUCCUCCAAUACUCUCCGACGUAAUGACAUUGGAGCAAUUCAAUCAUGCUUACAACAACACACUACGAUCAUUGAGCAGCCGAGGGAUACCGCCAGUGAUGCUAAACGGUUAUGCACCACCGGCACCACCGCCGUCACCAACAAGAUAUGGAUAGAUAAGUUCGCCGUAACAACCAGCCGGAGGAGAAUAGAACUUUUGGAUUGGAAGCUGGGCUUUUGGAUGGACUAAAUGAUUGGGAGAGAUUGUGUCUUAUGGCCCAAAACUCUUUUGUUUCUUUUUCUUUUGGAAUUUCGUUUUUGUUUUCCCUUCUGUUUC